AUGGAUGGGAAAUGCCCAGGAUGCUGUGAAGUUAUCCCCGUCAUUAGUCAUGUGCAGACAGUAGUUCUGUGUGUUGGCUGCUCCACUGUCCUCUGUCAGCCUGCAGGAGGCAAAGCACGGCGUUCAAAAGGAUGCUCCUUCGGAAGGAAGCAGCACCCUGAAUCAAGAUACAGUGGUGAACCAUCCCCCAAAACACAGUUUGAAUAA